AUGCUCUUCUACCAAGCCUCCGACGCCAAUGAAUACCUCGCCAUCACUGGCAUGGGCAUCAAGGAUGUCCACGUCAAAAAGUCCUCCUUCGUCUUGCCCUUGCAGCGCUGCGUCCGCUUCUCCGUCCAGCCCCAGGACUACGCCAUGGACAUGCUCGUCAUGACCAAGGAAAAGCUGCAGAUCUCCCUGCCCGUCGUCUUCACCAUCGGCCCGGACAUCACCAACCGCGGCGACGACGCCGCGGGCGACGCCCUCCUCAAGUACGCGAUGCUCCUGUCGGGGAGCGACGAGGGCCAGCGCAACCACAUUGGCAGAAUCGUCAGGGGCAUCGUCGAGGGCGAAACCCGCGUCCUCAUCUCCAGCAUGUCCAUAGAUGAGGUCUUUACCAAGCGCGAGGAGUUUAAGAAGAAGAUCUUCGGAAUCAUCCAGGGCGAGCUCGACCAGUUCGGCCUGAAAAUCUGGAACGCGAACGUCAAGGAACUCAAGGACGCCCCUGGCUCAACCUUCUUCGCAGACCUCGCUCGCAAGGCCCACGAGGGCGCCACCAACCAGGCGCGCAUCGACGUCGCCGAGGCGCAGCGGAACGGCACCGUCGGCGAGGCCGAUCUCAAGGGCAAGCAGGAGCGCGAGAUCGCCAAGAUCGACGCCGAUACGGCCGUGAACAAGACGCAGCUCGAAAUCGAGCGCGCCAGGGCCGAGGCGCACCUCAAGACAGAAAACACCGCGCUCGACCGCGACGUCGACAUCGCAAAGGUCACCGCCCAGCGCAGCCUCGAGUCCAGGGACGAGGAACUCAAGAAGGAGGUCGAGGGCAAGCGCGCCCAGGCGGAGCUCGCGCGCCUCCGCGCGAGGGACGUCGUCAAGGCCACCAUCGCCAGGGAGAGCGCCCAGCAGGCCGCCGACGCCGAAGCCUACAAGGUCUCGGCCGACGCGGGCGCCCAGAAGAAGGCACAGGAGGCCGACGCUGACGCCGCCGUCUACCGCAUUCGCGCCGAGGCCGAUGCCGCCGCCUACGCGGCCCAGAAGAGCGCCGAGGCCGACGUGCUCCGCCGCACCAAGGAGGCGGAGGGUAUCGCCGCCAUGGCGGACGCGUACGCCAAGAUGGCGGGCGCGUUCGGCGGGCCGUCCGGCCUGCUCCAGUACCUGAUGAUCGAGAAGGGCACGUACGUCGAGCUGGCCAAGGCCAACGCCGCGGCCAUCCGCGGCCUCGAGCCCAAGAUCUCCGUCUGGAACACGGGGAGCGGCGCCGCCGCCGGCAGCGGUGGUGGUGGUGGUGCUGACGCGACGGAGACGAUGCGCAACGUCUACCAGAUGCUCCCGCCGCUGAUGACGACCAUCAACGAGCAGACGGGCAUCACCCUGCCGGAGUGGCAGUUUGGCAAGCUCAACGCCGCCCAGCAGGCCCUCCAGAACGAGCAGUCCAAGACCAAGGCCAUCCAUCAGUGA